AUGGGUUCACUGCUACAGAUCGAGGACCUACGGGUGGAGUUCCGGGUGCCCAACGGGGUGGUGCACGCGGUGAACGGGGUGACGUUCGCGCAGGAUGAAGAGGAAGUGUUUUGCAUCGUAGGCGAAAGCGGGGCGGGAAAGAGCGCGUUGGGGCUGGCGGUGAUGGGCCUGCUCCCGGACAACGGCGCGGUGACCGGGGGGAAGAUAAUAUUUGAUGGCGUGGACCUCCUGACCGCGCCCGAUGAGUACGUGCGGGAACUCCGGGGCAAGGCGAUGUCGCUGGUGUUCCAGGACGCACAAUCCGCGCUCAACCCGGUGCAGACAAUCGGGAGCCAACUGACGGAAGUGAUCAUCACGCACUCGCAGUUGAACCGCAGGGCGGCAGGAUCAGUGUGCCAGGAGAUGCUGCGGGAGUUGGGGGUGCCGGACCCAAGGCGGAUGAUGUCCGCCUACCCGUUCACACUGAGCGGCGGGCAGUGCCAGAGGGUGAUGCUGGCGAUGGCGAUGGUCAUGCGACCCCGGCUGCUGAUUGCGGACGAGGUCACGUCGAGCGUGGACGUGACGCUGCAAGCGGAGAUACUGGAACGGUUGAAGGAGCUGAGCCGGGACUCGAAGUCGGCGAUCCUGCUGAUCACGCACGACAUGGGAGUGGUGGCCAACAUGGCGCGGCGGGUGGGGGUGAUGUACGCGGGGCACCUGGUGGAGACGGCGCAACUGCUGCCGAUCUUCAAGCAGCCACGGCAUCCGUACACCUGGUCGCUGUUGCAGAGCCUGCCGCGGCUGGAUGCCGCGGGACGGAGGCUGCAGGCACUACGGGGCGCGCCACCGGACCUGAUCGAUCUUUCCAGCGAAUGUCCCUUCCUGCCGCGGUGCCCGAAGGCGCUGUCGCGGUGCCGGGCGGAGAGCACGCCCGGUUUGUUCGAGUUGGAAAGUGAGCACUGGGCGGCGUGUUUCAACCCGAUGACCUACCCGGAUGGGGAGUGA